AUGACCAAGGAAGUUGUGGCUCUUGAAGAUAACCAUACUUGGGAUAUUACCGACCUUCCUCCCGGCAAAGUAGCAAUUGGUAAUAACCAAGUUGCAGGAGAAGACUACAAGGAAACUUUUGCUCCGGUAGUCAGGAUGACCACUGUACGUACUCUCUUACGUCUCGUGGCUGCAAAGAAUUGGGAAGUUUAUCAGAUGGAUGUUCACAAUGCUUUCUUGCAUGGUGAUCUUGAGGAAGAAGUCUACAUGAAACUUCCUCCAGGAUUCAGUGAAGCCUGGGAGAGAUUCAAAGGCUAUCAAACCAAAUGCCCACAUCAUGGUUUCUCUAAGGAGAGCUUGCUCAGUACCUUCUACAGAGGUGCCCUUCCCAAGUACAGAGCCAGAUUGGAUACAGCUAGCAAUGGGUUCUUCUUAGGAAGAACUGAAGAUGAUGCAGAAGAGCUGGUUGACAACAUGGUGAAGAGUGAUGCAGUCUACAGUGCAGAUCACGACAGGGGCAGUAGGGGUGAUGAUAAGCAGACGAGGAAAGAGAUCAAAUCUCUCCAGGAUAAGAUAGACAUCCUCCUUGCUGAUAAAGCCACACAAGAGUAG